UAUUGACAUGUUCAGACUCAUGAACAGUCACAUGCACAAAAACUCUUUCACUCACACACACAACUCUUUUCUUUCUUUAUAAAAUACUUUCCAACUCCAAGAGUUUCUACACCAGAAUUCUCAAACCCUCUAGUGAUUUUACUUUACCAAAUAAUCUCAAAUGGAGUUCCUCUCUUUACUUUAUGGGGUUCUAGCAUUGUACAUAUGUUUCCUAAUUUGGAAACUAUUAGAUCAAAAGAGGGACCAAGAGUGUUACAUAUUAGAUUACCAAUGUUACAAGCCAACACAAGAUAGAAUGCUAGGGACUGAGUUUUGUGGCAAAUUAAUCAGAAGAACAGAAAAUUUGGGUCUAAAUGAGUACAAGUUUCUGCUCAAAUCCAUUGUAAGUUGCGGCAUUGGCGAACAAACUUACGCCCCAAGAAAUGUCAUUGAAGGCCGCGAAGCAUCACCAACGCUGAACGACGGGAUCUCAGAGAUGGAAGAGUUUUUCGACGACAGCAUUGCAAAACUCCUUGCAAGAUCAGCUACUUCCCCUUCCGAAAUCGAUGUUCUUGUUGUCAACAUCUCAAUGUUCACCUCUGUUCCCUCACUAUCGUCGCUUAUCAUUAAUCGUUACAAACUGAGACACGACGUAAAAGUGUACAAUAUCACUGGAAUGGGUUGUAGUGCUAGUCUUAUAUCAGUAGAUAUUGUUAAAAACAUUUUCAAAUCACAAAGAAACAAGUUAGCACUUUUGGUCACAUCAGAGUCUCUUAGUCCAAAUUGGUAUCCUGGUAGUAAUAGAUCAAUGAUCUUAGCCAAUUGUCUUUUUCGCACCGGCGGUUGUGCCAUUCUUUUGACAAACAAAAGAUCCUUAAAGAACAAAAGUAUAUUGAAAUUGAAGUGUUUAGUAAGGACGCACCACGGCGCCAGAGAUGACUCGUAUAACUGUUGCCUUAAAAAGGAAGACGAGCGCGGUGCAGUUGGUUUUUAUUUAUCGAAAACUCUCCCGUUGGUAGCAACAAGAGCUUUUGUUGAGAAUUUAAGGGUAAUUUCACCCAAAAUUUUGCCAAUAAGGGAACUUGUUAGGUUUCUGGUUGUAUCGCAUUUUAAGAAACUUAAGAUAGCUAGUUUUUGUAGUUCUAAGUCUUCUAGUGGUGGAGGAACAAAAAGUACUAAAUCACCAUUGAAUUUUAAAACUGGUGUUGAUCAUUUUUGCCUCCAUACAGGAGGAAAAGCAGUGAUUGAUGGAGUUGGAAAGAGUUUAGAUCUAAGUGAAUAUGAUCUUGAGCCUGCAAGGAUGACACUACAUCGUUUUGGUAACACUUCUGCUGGUAGUUUGUGGUAUGUGUUAGGGUACAUGGAAGCCAAAAAGAGGCUAAAAAAAGGUGAUAGAGUUUUUAUGAUAAGCUUUGGUGCUGGAUUUAAAUGCAAUAGUUGCUUAUGGGAAGUGAUGAAAGAUGUUGGAGAUGCAAAUGUAUGGGAAGAUUGUAUUGAUGAUUAUCCACCAGAGUCUUUGAUCAAUCCUUUCAUGGAGAAGUAUGGUUGGCUCAAUGAAGUUGAGGAUGAAACCAACUUUGAACUUCCUGAAUUUCUUAAGUGAAGGUAAUUAUAAUUUCAUUCAUUGUUGUGGAAUGAAAUAGCAAACUUGAGAAGAAGAAAAUUUGAAGGGGUAUCUUAAUUUUUUCACUAGAUUCUUGACAAGGAUCAAGGUGAUUGUGCAUUAACUAAUUUGAUUAUUAUGUAUACACUUGUUAUUAUAAUUAUUAUUAUUGAAACCCUGAUCAAUGGUUUACUACCCAAUAAAGAGUUUGUCUACUUUUUGUUCA